AUGCUGCAGUGGUACUGUGAGGGAUCAGAGUCUACACUGAAUGAAUGUUUCAUUCGUCGUAAUAAUGCCUACUGUGAGUCUCAUGCUGGAGAUGCUGGAGUCAUCUGUUCAGGUCAGAACACCAGACUUACCGACGGUCCUCACCUGUGCUCUGGGAGAGUGGAGGUACUUCAUAAAGGGACCUGGACCACAGUGUGUGAUGAUGACUUUGACCAGCAGGAUGCAGAGGUUGUGUGUAGAGAACGGGGCUGUGGGCUUCCUGUGAAGGUGCUGAGAGCAGCUGCUUUUGGCAGAGGGGAGGGCAAGGUGUGGCCAAAGGAGCUUCAGUGUAGAGGCAACGAAUCUGAGAUUUACUCCUGUCCAAGAACAUCUUCACCCAAACACUGUUCCCAUGACAGUGAUGUGGGACUAAUAUGUUCAGGUUACACAGCGGCACAUCUGGUGAACGGCUGGGACUCCUGUUCUGGUCGAGUGGAGCUUCAGUACCUCAGUGACUGGGGCUCAGUUUGUGGUGAUAGCUGGGAUAUGAGAGCUGCCAGUGUCCUCUGUGGGCAGCUGAAGUGUGGGAGUGCUGUGGCUGUGUUGGGGGCGGACUGGUUUGGGGAGGGGAGUGGCCACAUCUGGGCUGAUGUGUUUGUUUGUCAUGGGAACGAGACACACCUGUCAGAAUGUCCCAUCUCAUCAUGGAGUCGAACAGCAUGCUCUCAUAAACAGGAUGCUGGAGUCAUCUGCAGUGGUUCCUCUCAGGCCUUUCAUGAGGGGCGAGUGCGGUUGUCUGGAGGGAAGGAGUGUGAGGGGCAGGUGGAGAUUUACUUCAUCCAGGACUGGUGGAGAGUUCUCCUGGACUCCCGGAGUGUGUCUGAGGCCUCUGUGGUCUGCAGACAGCUGGGUUGUGGUUCUGUGUUGAACUUCUCCAGCUCCUCUCCAUCCAGUCCUGAUCAACACAUCCACAUGUGUGUGACGGGUUUCAAUUGUUCUGGGAGGGAAGCUCAUCUGGGGAACUGCAGCAGUGCAAACCUCCUCAACCUUUCCUGCAGCUCCAGGGAACAGCUGUCAAUCACCUGCUCUGGUAUGUUUAACUCAGCCCACAGCUCUAUCAGACUGGUUGGUUCUGGGGGAGACUGUGCAGGAAGGAUGGAGGUUUUCCUCAACGGCUCUUGGGGGACAGUGUGUGAUGACUCAUGGGACAUUGAGGAUGCCCAGGUGGUGUGCAGGCAGCUGCAGUGUGGAGUGGCCCUCAGUGCCCACGUACCAGCCUGGUUUGGUCCUGGAACUGGGCCCAUAUGGCUGAAUGAGGUGCAGUGUGAUGGGAACGAGACGUCCAUGUGGAACUGCAGGUAUCAACUCUGUGGACAAGAUGAGUGUGGACAUAAAGAGGAUGUAGGAGUGGUGUGUUCAGAAUUCAAAGAUAUGAGACUCAGUGAGGGUUGUAAAGGGAAUCUGGAAGUGUUCUACAAUGGAACCUGGGGGAAUGUGUGUGUGAAUGGGAUGAGUGAAGAAACAGCAAGUUUGGUCUGUCGAGAGCUGAACUGUGGAAGAACAGGCAGUGAGUCCCAAUCCAGAGCAAGAGUGGAAUCAUCUCCUAACUGGCUGGAUCAGGUGAAAUGUAGGAAACAUGACUCCACUCUGUGGCACUGCCCAUCUGAACCCUGGGGGCAGAACAGUUGUGAAAAUCACAAUGAGGUGGCUCACAUUACCUGUUCAGGAGAGAGAAAUGAUAGUGUGCAGCAAAGUCAUGUGAAAUGCUCCUCCUCUUCCUCCCAGAGCCAGUGCUCCAAUCACCUGCCUCUCAGGCUGAGGGGAGCAGAGAGAAGUUGCUCUGGGAGGCUGGAGGUUUAUCAUAACGCUGCGUGGGGCUCCAUCUGUGAUGAUCAGUGGGACAUCAGGGAUGCUGAGGUGGUCUGCAGACAGCUGGGCUGUGGGAAGGCACUGAGGGCUGAUGGCAGUGCUGCCUUUGGUGCUGGUGAAGGGGUGAUCUGGCUGAACAGAGUGAAGUGCAGAGGGGAUGAGAUUCACCUGUGGGACUGCAGUUAUUCUCUGAAGAACCACACUGACUGCUCCCACAAAGAGGAUGCUGGAGUCACCUGUGCAGAUGUUCAGAAGACAUCCAGUCCUCUACAAACUGAAUCAGCAGCUGUUCUGUGCACCACCCCUACAGUGGUUCUGCUGGUACUGGGAGUGCUGCUCUUCCUGGCCUUAGUGCUUCUCUCUGGGCUGGUUUACCAGAACAGAGUGCUCAGGAGAGUGAUCUCUAAGAGGAGGCGUAAGACUCUGCCUGAGGCAGUCUAUGAGGAGAUCAACCGCAGAUACAUCAAUAAAAGAACCCAUGUCUCCACUCGAAGGGGAAGUGUCCUUUCUGAAUCCCAGCAUUCAGGAUAUGAGGAUGUGGAUCAGGAGUUUGUCUCAGGAAGUGUCCUUUCUGAAGCCCAGCAUUCAGAAUAUGAGGAUGUGGAUCAGGAGUUUGUUUUAGGUGACAUAGAAAGACAGGACAUACCAGAGAACUACGAUGAUGUCAUCACUGCUGGACCCAGCCCUGAUAUUGUAGCAGAGGACGUAUCUGAGAAUUAUGAUGAUGUCAUUACUGAUGAUCAGAACGCUGCUGUUGUGAGAGGUAUGACUAGUAUUGUUACAAGAUUGUAG